AACUGUGUGCUACUUAUGUAUUAAAUUGAUUUUUCAAGCACGAUAUCGAGAUAGACAGCCCGACGGGGUCCUGUGACUCAGGGAAGAGCUACGCAGGCAGACGGUGUCCAUGUCUGAGUUGGAAUGGCUGGACUGACCUGACACUUCAAAGAGGAAAUCCCAUAUCCCUGUUUCCUGCGCCUGCAGUGAUCUGUGAACGUCAAGCCUUUUAUUUUUUUGUGGAUUGCUUUUUGCAUCAGUAUUAAAAAAAACAGCCAUGUACUGCCUUCAGUGGCUGCUGCCAGUCCUCCUGAUACCCAAGCCCCUGAACCCGGCCUUGUGGUUUAACCACUCCAUGUUCAUGGGGUUCUACCUGCUCAGCUUCCUUCUGGAGAGGAAGCCCUGUACCAUUUGUGCCUUGGUGUUUCUGGCAGCCUUGUUCCUCAUCUGUUACAGCUGCUGGGGGAACUGCUUUCUUUAUCACUGCAGCGAUUCUCCUCUCCCAGACUCCGCGCACGAUCCCAGCAUUGUGGGCACCUAGACCAGCUUCAUCCAGGGCACUGCAGUACCAGCUCCUCUCUUAACUUAUUUCUACAUCGAAAACAAAAAAAGGACAAUCUGAGAUUGCGAGGCUGUGCAGUGAUUCUAUCGGCCCCUCCAUGAGCUGCCACGAUGCUGAGGAUGCCUUGCUGGCUGAAGAAGGCUGAACAUUGUCUUCCUCUCUGUUUGAGAGGGGUGGAGAUGCUAGGAUCUGUGGAUUUGUAAUUGCAUGGGUUCUUUAUUGCUUUCUUGUGUUUGAUAUCUUUUUUUGUUUGCUUUGAUGUAAUAAGAUAAUGAUAGGCGUCUGGUUAUUGAAUAUUUGGUUCUAGUUUUAAAAAAUCAAUCUUACAUUUCCAGAUCAUGCUAGAAUGAAUUUCACCCCCUUAAAGGGUGCAGAAGAAUUGGUUUUCUUCACUGAUCUUACUUGAAGUAUUUUAUCAAUCAGCAUUUAUCAAAAAUUACCUUCCAGCAAAUUCCUGGCAGAUCCUUUUCUUUUUGUUCUACAGAGGCAAUGAUCUCACAUAACCCUUAACACAAUUUUCAUUAAAGUAUUUCAGUUCCUGCUUGGGGUGCACUAAAGAUGAAAGGAAAGGGGUACACCCUCUUUGAAUUGGAACUUCAGUAACAACAUAAAGGGGUACUGCGACUAGAAGAAGGGUUCUGCAAACAGGGAUCUGCUGAAUUUGGCUUCUGUAAGAGUCUUUAACCCACAACGCUGUGGUGAUACGGUAUUCUGAUAGUUUUCUUCAUAAGCAUGACAGCUGAAAUAUUAGUGGCAGUCACUGCUUGUCUCAUCAGAAAGUAUGGUGGUGGAAACAUCAGUGAAGAUAAAGAAAUGGGCUCCUCCGUGCAUUCCACUGCAGAGACGUAUUCCGCCAGGGCCGUUGUUUAUCUGAAUUUACUUUUCUGUGAAGAUCAAAAAGGAAAGAAGGUCUUGGUUGGAACAGCGCUUUACAAGGCAGUGGAAUGGAAGAGCCAAGGUUGCCUUUCACUGUACUGGUGAAACUCCAAAUGAGCAAGUUUGAAAAAGUGCAUUCAAUCACUCUGCACAAGAGGUAGAGAGAUGGGGAGAGGGAGAGGGCCGAGGGACAGCUGUCACAAAUUUGGUAUUGACUGACCCAUUUCGGUGAAAAGGUGAACGUGUUCAUUUUUGAAGAUUAUGUUUGUGAAAAAAAGAACCGAAAGUCUAAAAUAGUUUGUGUCUGUGUUUCUUUUAUGAUGUUCAUUGGUGUUGGUGGUGUGAAAUGGUAAAUUAUAUAUUUUUGUAAUUCAUUAAUAAAAUAUAAAUCUUCAGCUGAAUUAUCAAAGAUGUUAGAGGAGAGUGCAUACAAAUAAGAGGAAGUUGAGUUUGAUUCCUGCAGUCCCACUGACUACCUCCACGCUGUCAGUGCAUCAGAGAAUAUGUUAUAUUUAACACUGAGGCGCACGCUGGUAUUUGUUUCAUGCAGCAGAGCCCCUGUUUAGGGGAUUUGAAAUGAGGUCAUUGCCAAGCCCCCGGGGGCAGUCGAAUAUCUGCAGAAAGGUCCCUCUGUAAUGUGAAUGUCUGGGGCAAUCACAUUUUUUUUCAUAGACUUUGCUGAUUGAAUGCAAAAGGUACUUUCUAAUAUAAAUUGUGUACAAGCUUUGCAGUGAUUUUCAAAAAGGCACCGCAGUGACGCCGGCUUUGAACUCGUCUAUUCCACUGGAGUCUCUUGGUUGUUAAAAUGUAAACAGAGGUUUUGGUGUCCUGUUGCAUUUUAUUGAUCAAUUGCAGCCGUAAAGGUCGAGGCAUCCUAAUACUGCGUGUGCAGAGGUGAUUGAUGAAGAGAACAUGCUGAAGCUUACAGUAAUAACAGAAAGUUCAUUUUGCAUUUAGACAGUGAUAGUCACCCUUCCUGCAUUCGUAAUUUAACUUUGUGAACUAUCUGUGAAGCUGAAAGGCUGCUCUGCCCCUUUUAUGAGACACUCACUAUAGUUAUUGUGUCUGUUGUUACAAAUCACCUUUCUGAUGCGUUCCUGGGUUGGAUUGAAGUUGCUGUGUGGAAGUCAGGCUAGUGUGAGUUCAACAGCACUGUAAUGCUUACCUGACCCUGGCAAAGGCCUCGGCUCACUUCAGCUCAGAAAAGACAAACGAUAUUGUGGGGAUACUAAAGUAAGAAGAGUUUAGUCUAAAAAACAAAACCUGGAUUUUCUUUCCAGUUGCAGUAGUGAUCCCAACCGCGUGGUCAGAGGUGCCCUCUGCCCUCCCCCCUCCCCCCUCCCCCCUCCCCACUCCCCCCCCCCCUCCCCACUCCCCCCUCCCCACUCCCCUCUCCUCCACAGGCACAGCAUUUCCAUCACGCUGCAUCACCUGCACUGGGCUGUGUAUAAUGUGAACACAAUAAAUACUGCAGCUUUAUGACAUUUGUGAAAGUGUAGAACCAGAUUUCCGUCAGUCUGGUUAAUAAGUAGACUGUAGUUGAGGUGUUGAUUUUAUGAUUCGCGGUUGUUCGUAAGGUUGUAAAGGCUGUUGUUUUUUUCUGUUUCUGUAUCCAUUGAUAAGUAUCUCAUGUUCACACUUCCAUCUGCGUCAUGUACUAGCCUGUUGCAUGUUACAGUCUAGAGCACCAAAAUGUAAAAAAAAAAAAAAAAAAAAAACAA